AUGGCCUGGAUGAGAUUAAAAGAAUCUUACAGGUAUAAUGACAUUUUAAAUCAAUUAAUUAUACCAUUGAAUAAUUUUGACCUUUUAUUACUUUUUAACAGUAAAUUUGAAGUUAUUAUUAAUGAUGAUAAUACAGUGCCCAAAUUUAAUGAUUCAAAAAUCAAAGAAGUUUAUGAAAAAUACCCAGCUAUAAAUCAAAAAAUAGAAAAGGCUGUUGUAAUAAACUCAAAAUUGUGGAAAACUUGGAAAAAGAGAUUCCUAUUCUGUUCAUUUAUAACUAUGGAGAUAUUUAAUAUGCCAAAAAAUGAUAAUUUAGAGUUGGGCAGCAAUUCAAAUUUCAAUAAUGAUCAAGAUUCGAAUGAUAUUCCCGAUUCAAAUGAAAAGUUGGAAACAAAUGACAACUCUAACAAAAAAGAUAAUUCUGAUUCAAAUGAAUGUAAAAAAAUAAUUUCAGAAUUUUUUUUAAAAAUGUUACUUGAUGAAGAAAAAGAUUAUAGUAAAUUAACAAAAAAAUACACAGACAUUUCACAGGAGAAAAAUUUUCUUUCAACUGUUCAAUCAUUUAUUAGUAAUAUUGGUAGUAUGUUUAAGAGAUCUAGUUCUAAUGAAGAUGAUUCUCACACUAUUCAACCCGUUGUCAUUGAAUCUCAUGUUAUUGAAAGGAAUAUUCAAAAAGCAACCCAAAUGGCAAAUGAAAUUUCUGACUCUAAAUUUGUUAAACAACUUAAUAAUUCUGAGUUAUUUAACAUGACCCAAGAAACAGGGGAUAGAGUUAUUAGCAUAUUUUUUGGAGAAUACCAAAAUUGGAGGAAUGUACAAUGUUCUAGUAAUAUUAAAGAUAUUAUACCAAAAUAUGCAGAUAUUAAGGAUCAAUAUGAAGAAAAUCUAAUGAAAGAAAGUUUACAGGACACUAAAAAAAUCGAAGAGCAUGAAUUUAAAAGAAUUUGUUCAAUACUUGAAGAAAAAUUUUCAAAAGGCUUAACAUUUACUUAUGAAAUUGAGUCAAUACAACCUGAUCAACUAAAUAUCACAUUAUAUGAAACACGUUUAGAAGAGUCUGAAAACUCAAAUAUUCAAAAAUAUGAGCUACAUGUUCCAAAACUUCAUCUUGACAAUGAUAAAAAUUCACAUGCAUCCUUCAAAAUAGAUCCAGAAAGAUAUGAACUCAGAAAAAUAUCUCAAUUUGAAAAUGGAAAGUUCCUAAUAAUACUUCGGAAUAAAAAAUCAAAUCAAAUAGAAAUUUUUUUUGAAAAUUCUAAUCGCUUAAAAUCAGCUUUUCAAUUAUCAAAUUUAAAACCACUAAAAACAUUAAAUCCUGAUGGUGAUUGUCUUUUUGCUAUAAAUGAACCCAAAGGUUUAAUUGGAAUUUAUGUUGCUGAAAAAGGACUAAAUGUUUAUGCAUUUGAUGAAAAUCAAGCCAGUCUUUAUAGUCGCAACCCCAAUAUUCAAAUUCUACAAUAUUAUAAUAAUUCAGCACCAGAUAUUAAACACUUUUUCUUCAUAAAAACUACUGAAGAAUUAUGUUUUGUAGAAACUAAUGGUAAAACAAAAAUUUAUAACCUUGUGACUGGUCAAUUUCAUCCUGCAACACUACAAUUUCCUCCAGAUUCUAUAAACAUGUCAAGCACACCUGAUGGUUCUUGUAUUGUAGUAUUUGUGAAAGAAAAAUCAACAGCAUCUAAUAAUGAUGAAAAUGGCACAGCCUAUGUUUAUUUUUGUUCUAACAUGGGAAACACUGCUAAUAAAGUUGUUGAACUACCCCCAAAUAUGAAUUCAAUAGAAUUACUUCAAUUUUCAUCUAUAAAUAAUCGCCAAAUACAUCUUACAACAAUUGAUAUAAAAAAUAAUUUAUUUCUUUCAUUAGUUACUAAGAUUACACUUGAAAAAACCCAGUACAGAUUUCAACAGUGUAAUCAAGGAAAGCUAGUUGGUCAAGUUAAAUUGCUGAGAAUCUUCACUGAUUCUAACAAUAAUAAUUAUUCAAGUUUAAAAGGAAAAAACACUAGUUUUAAACAUGCAGUGCAUAAAGGAGAGUACAUUGUUAUUAAAAAAGAAAAAUUAAGUGUUGUUGAUGUAAUUUCAAACACUGAAUUGAAGGUUGCAGGUGUAUAUCAGACCUUAUCACUUGAUGAUGAUACAUGGAUUGACUUUCAAAUUGAACCAAAGAUAAAACUUAAUGGUUUUAUAGAUGCAUAUAAAUUAAUGUUUGAAAAGUAUCCAGUUGAGAGUUGCAUAGAUCCUGAACAAAAUCGGCCACUUAAUUUGAAAAUUGUCCUUGAUAUAAAUGAUGAUUGUAAAGAUGAAAAUUAUGAUAGAAAGUUUGAAAAAUAUGUUGUUAGCAUGUUCAAUGAAUUAAAGAAGAAAACAAAAAAACCUGCAUCUAUUUUAAAGCAUUUUAAAACUACUGUUACAACAUUUUCAGAACUAGACAUUGAAGAAAAUGAUUUUAUAUCAAAACAUUCAAAUAAAUAUCAACUAGGAGAUUUUGUAAUUCAACUUUCAUGUUUAAUACCCAUUCAGAUUGCAGUUGCUAAAAAUAAUCAAUUUCAACCACUUCGGGAUGGUUUAUCUUCAAAUGAGCAUGAUGUAGAUUUUGAUGUUGAAUAUGGAUGUCGCUUUGAUGGUAUUGCAGAAAGUAUUUCUCUUGGAUGGUAUGAAGGUAUAUUUAAACAUUUUGGUAAUAGACAAGUUAAAGUUGUUUCAAGUAUGGGUGAGCAAUCAUGUGGAAAAUCAUAUAUGUUGAAUCACCUUGUUGGAACAACAUUUGAUGGUUCUGCAAUGAGAUGCACUGAAGGAGUGUGGAUGUCUUUAGUUAUAACAAAAAAAAAUAUUUAUGUUGCACUUGAUUUUGAAGGUUUAAAAUCUUUGGAAAGAACACCACAAGAAGACUUAUUUUUAACUUUGUUUAACACAAUGGUUUCAAAUUUGAUACUUUUUAAAAACCAAUUUGCUGUUAGUAGAGACAUGUCAGAAAUUUUUCAAAGAUUUCAAGAUGGUGCAGCUUUUUUUAAAUCUGACUCAAACAUUUUUCAAGUAAAACUUUGUAUUAUAAUUAAAGAUGUUCAUGAAAGUGAUCGACAAGGAAUUGUUGAUGAGUUUUAUCUCAGAUUUGAGGACUUGAUUCAAAGACAGGGAAAAGAUAAUUUUAUUACUAGAAUGUAUAAAAGUGGAUUAACUAUUUUUCCAUGGCCAUUAUUUAGCAAUUCUGCUUGGUUCAAAACUUUGGAAACUGUCAGGAAAAAGUUGAUUAAUCAAAACAUAAAAUAUCAAAAUGCACAAACUUUUUUGCAAAACAUUAAAGUCAUUAUGGCCAAGCUAAAAAUUUGUGAUUGGGGAUCUUUGGAUGAAAAUCUUGUUCAAAUGCAUUUAUCAAUUUUAAAAAAAACACUUCCAGUAGCUAUAUCUUAUGGUUUAGAGCAAAAUGAACAAGAGAUUAAGCCUUUAAUAAUUUAUGAUACAGGAAAGAAAAUAGAUGAUCAACCUCAUUUACCUAAAUUUGCAGAAACAUUCAAUACACAAAAUCAAUUAUUUCCAGAUUCAGAUGUUUUACUCUUUGAAGAAAAUGCUGAUUUUAUUGAUUUUUCAUAUGAUCUGAGAAAUCAAUUUGAAGAAAAUAUUCAACAACGAAAAGAAUCUGCUAAUGAUUCAGAAUGGUUUAAUAAAUUAGAAUUAUUUUUCAAAUUUAUUAUUGAACGAAGAAUAUAUCGUGUUGAGCAAUGGUUUUUACAAAACAUCACCAAAUUUCCACAAGACAAUAGUGAAGUAGUUAUUGGAAAAUAUGCCCUUGAAAAAGAAAUCAACAAUCUUAGGCUUUUUUGGACAUUAUGUGGACUUUCAUGUCAGGAUUGUGGAUUACAUUGCCUUAAAAAUCUUGGUCAUACUGACAAACAUGACUGCAAGACUUACCAUAAAUGCCAUUUUUCUUGUCAAUUUACAGAAGCACAUAGUUCUUAUGUUCCAACUUGUAGUUAUAAAGCAGGACAUGAUGGGAAACAUGCAUGUAAUAAAGCCAGCCAUUUAUGUAGAAAACCUUGUAAGCUUAGUGAUAGACAUAAUUGUCAAAAAGUAUGUUCAAAAAAUAUUGGACAUAAAGAUGAUGAACACAUGUGUCAAUCAAAACAUCAUUAUUGUGGAGAGCCAUGUUCGCUCUUUACAUCAACCAACAAAGGUGAUUAUGAAUGUCCAAACAUAUGCAUUAUACCAUGUGAACUUGAGCAUGAUCAACAUCAUUGUGAAAAUGAGACAUGUCCAAUUGAAUGUCCAAUUUCAGAUUGUCAGAAUAGAUGCCAGAGUAAUAAUCAUUUUCAUGCUUACAGUAGUGAAUCCACAGUUAAUCAUUUUUGUGGUAAUGACCACCAAUGUCUUGAGGAUUGUGAAGAGCCAGGUAUUUGUAAAAUUUUAACUGAACCCAAAAAAGAAGAAGCAACAUAUAAAGUGUUGAUUAAAGAAAGUUCAAUUAGCUUUUUUAAAUAUAUUCAACAAAGUGAAAGGAUGAGAUGUAUUAAAAGAAUACCACCCAACUCCUUCAAGCAUGAAGGAAUACACUCACAUAAUGAAAGUGGAGUUCAUUUUUGUGAUAAAAAAUGUCAAUUUUGUGAAUAUUAUUGCAACUUGCCUCAUGGACAUUCACAAACUUUACAUGAAACUACCCAUGGGAAUAUGGUACAAACUGAAUUUACUGGAGGAUUUACUGCAGAGAAUGAUGAAUUUGAGUAUAAAGGACAUAAAUUACAAAUUGGAGAUCAAGGUUCUUUUGUUCUUUGUAAUUUUUAUUGUAAAGAAUUAGGUCGCCAUAGACAUAUUGAUUAUUGUCAAAAUGUGGAGGCAUGUAAAAAUGGACAACAAGGGCAUGAAGUAAUACAUUUAGAUGUACCCCUUGAACCCAAUCCUGAUAAUAAAAAAGAUUAUGUAACUCAUAAAUUAUUUUGGGAAAGAACAGGCUUUAAAGAUCCAUAUUCAGAACAAGAACAAGCAGAAUUUGCAAAAUGUGAUCAUGAAUGUCCAGAUGAAGCUCACAAUAAGCAACAAAGUUCUAAUAAUGCAAUUCCCACAAAGUCUUAUUGUGAAUUGGAAAUUUUCCAUAAGCCUUUAAAUCCAUCAUCUGGAACAUCAACUGGUAUUGGUUAUAUUUCACUGGAUGGUCAUCAGUUUGGCUGUGAUAACCCAAAUAAAAGAGAAGCAGCAUUUCAUAUUAUAUUUGCACUUGAUCAAUCAGGCUCAAUAUGUUCUAGUGAUAGAAAACAUUUAGAAAACAUUUGUUCAAGUAUGCAUCAAAAAAGUCCAGAAAGUUUAAGAAGGCAUGAACCUUCUUUAAUGAAAAAAUUGUAA